AUGGCGAAGACAAAGCAAACCGCGCGUCGGAGCACGGGCGGCAAAGCUCCGCGGAAGCAAAUAGCGACGAAGGCAGCACGAUUUUCCCGUGAAGUGCAAGAUGUUCGGGAGACUAUGAUGUGGAAAUUAUCGAAAAGAAGUCAUAUUAAGAAGCUCUCUAAGAGCACUGAAGGCACUCAGCGGUACUCGUACCACGUUUAG